AAAAUGGUGGUCGCAGAUUUGAUUUCAUUAGGAGAGCGAAUUUUUGGAAAUGGUACUCUGAUUAUUUCCCUGCUAAAUUGAUAAAGGAAAGCGAUUUGGAUCCAUCAAAAACUUAUGUAUUCGGUUAUCAUCCACAUGGCGUCAUCUCCGUUGGUGCUUGGAUAGCCUUUGCUACAGAAGCGACUGGCCAUUCUGAAUUGUUCCCUGGCAUUACAUGUCGCGUGUUGACACUUGCAGGCAAUUUCAAUAUACCGAUUUAUCGAGAUUAUCUUAUGGCCCAAGGUCUCGCUUCUGUGUCCCGUCAGUCUAUUAUGAACAUUUUGCGUAAGGGUCCUGGAAACGCUGUUAUGAUAGUUAUUGGUGGUGCUGGCGAGAGUUUAAGUGCACGCCCUGGUAUUAAUGACCUGAUUUUAAAAAAGAGGUUGGGCUUUAUCAGAAUAGCCUUUAAGAGCGGUGCGUCAUUGUGCCCUGUGUUUUCGUUUGGUGAAAAUGAUAUAUGGGAUCAAGCUAACAAUCCUAAAGGAAGCAAAAUUUGGAAAUUCCAAAAAUCUAUGCAAAGUCUUUCUGGUUGGACAUUGCCACUAUUUCAUGGUCGUGGUUUAUUUAAUUACGACUGGGGUGUUUUACCUCAUAGAAGACCUAUCACUACAAUUGUGGGAACCCCUAUUGAUGUUGUACAAAAUGAUAACCCUACGGAUGAAGAGGUGCUUGAAGUACAGAAAAAAUACAUUGCGGGAUUGUAUGAGAUUUGGAAUAAAUACAAAGACAUUUAUGCUAAGGAUAGAAAACGAGAAUUAACGAUUGUAGAAUAA